AUGGAUGUAUUACCCAACGGCGGCAUCUUCAAGGAGCUGCAGUUAGUGCAUGACACUGGCUACUUCUCCUCGGCAUGCAGCCUAGAGGAGCACUGGCAGCAGUUGCCCCUGGGAACCAUCGGGAGGAACAGUGUGAUCUCAGUUCAUGUCGGCAGUGCCAUCGGCGCCUUGGCACUGCCUGAGCAAGACCGCAGCAACAGUGCCGUCUCGCCUCGUCAUUCAUCCCAGUGUCUUCUCAGUGACAACGGCUUCUUCGCCAUGUUAUUUGGCAACAGCAUCACAACAUCGCAUCCUUGGCAGCAUUAUCUUAGCAGCAGUGCGCUCUCGGGAACAAACAAUCCUAAAUCACUGACAACCAGAACAUACAACUUUCAUUUUUCGAGUGAAACAAGAUUUUUAACACUGGCUCAACAUAACAUAUAUGCAUGCGAGAUGAAAACCACUACACCUCUGACGUAG